AUGGAGGAGGUCGAAAAAGCAAAUAGUGCAGCUGUGGAGAGUUGCCAUAGAGUGCUUAGUCUUUUGUCUCAAAAACCCCAGGAUCAGAAUCAGUUUAGGAAUUUAGUUGAGCAAACAGGUGAGGCUGUAAAUAAGUUCAAGAAAGUCGUUUCUCUUCUUAAUUCUAGUUGUGGUCAUGCUAGAGUGAGGAAAGUCAAGAAAAUUCAAGCCCUUUUCCCCCAAAACUUAUUUCUAGAAAAUCCAAUAUGUAGAAUAGAUGAUCAGCCUAAACGACUUCCGAUCCUUCAAAUCAAUUCCAAUGAUACGAACCCAGUUCAAGAAACGGGAUCCAAUAUCCGGAGUGUUCUCACAUCAGGAAAUCCUUCUUUGGAAUUGAGCUCAUGCGGAAAAUCCGCCUUACAACUCGCUCAUCAGACACCGAUACAGAAUUAUCAUUUUCUCCAACUUCAGCAGCAAAAGUUGAAACAGCAAGCUGAAAUGAUGUAUCGGUUUAGUAAUAGUGGCAUUAGUCUGAAUUUUGAUAGCUCAACCUGCACCCCGACCAUGUCUUCAACUAGGUCCUUUAUGUCUUCAUUGAGUAUGGAUGGGAGUGUGGCUAAUUUGGAUGGAAAUGCCUUUCAUUUAAUUGGGGCAGCUCGAUCAGCGGAUCAGAUCUCAUACCAACACAAGAGAAGUUGCUUGGGAAAGGGAGAAGAUGGAAGUGUGAAAUGUAGAAGUAGUGGCAGAUGCCACUGUUCGAAGAAGAGGAAGCACAGGGUAAAAAGAUCGAUAAAAGUACCUGCCAUAAGCAACAAGCUAGCAGAUAUACCCCAGGACGAGUAUUCCUGGAGAAAGUAUGGCCAGAAGCCAAUUAAAGGUUCUCCUCAUCCCAGAGGAUACUAUAAAUGCAGUAGCAUAAGAGGGUGUCCUGCAAGGAAACAUGUGGAGAGAUGCUUGGAAGAACCUUCAAUGCUAAUGGUCACUUACGAAGGUGAACACAACCACCCGAGGUUACCAUCACAGGUUGCAAACACGUGA